GGGGGGGGGGCUCUCUCUCUUUGCGCGCAUGUGUUGUGGCGGCUGUUAUUUGGAGUGAACGGCGGGAACGUGUAUGGCGUUGGUGGCUCUCGCGCUCGUUCUUUGUGGCGGACUGAUCCAUUUUUCUUGUAUCUUGGGAAGUUCCAGAUGAAAACAAUUUGCUAUAAGAUUUAGAUAUUAAAAUGCCUGCUUUCAAACACCUGGCGUAUCCAGAAGAGGCUUUGCUCCAUUUGGAAAGCUUGGUACCCUGCCGAGAAUCUCAAGUGUCACACCUGUUGUCAAUCUUUGGCGAGCGUCAUCAUUAUAGUUUUCCAUCCCUUUUCAUCUAUGGACAUACAUCCAGUGGAAAGACUUAUGUGAUGCAAACUCUUCUGAAAACCUUAGAGCUUCCCCAUGUGUUCAUCAGCUGUAAGGAAUGCUUUACCUCAAGACUGCUGCUGGAGGAAGUUCUGAGACAGCUCUGGUACCUCUCCUCUGGAGAAGAGGAUCUUGCCCCUGCAUCCUGCAAUACAUUCAAUGACUUCGUUCAUUUAUUUAAGCAAGGAACAGUGACACCCAAUCUACAAAAUCAAACUGUAUAUGUUGUUUUGGAUAAUGCAGAGCAGCUCAGGGAGAUGGAGGCAAAUAUCCUGCCAGGUUUCCUUCGACUACAGGAACUGAUUGACCAGAAUGUGACUGUGGUUCUCCUUAGUGAAAUUGUGUGGGAGCUUCUUCGUCCAAAUAUGGGAUGCCUUGAGCCAAUGCUUUUGUAUUUCCCAGACUACAGCAUAGGGCAUCUACAAAAGAUUCUGUCCCAUGAUUAUCCACCAGAGUAUUCUUUUGACUUCUAUGCUGCAUACAUAAAUAUUCUUCUUGGUGUCUUCUAUCCAGUCUGCAGAGACUUGAAGGAGCUCCGACAUCUGGCUGUGCUCAAUUUUUCUAAAUAUUGUGAGCCUGUGAUCCAAGGAGAAGCAAAUGAACGAGAUACACGCCGACUUUGGAAAAAUAUUGAAUCCCACUUGAAGAAAGCCAUGCAGACUGUUUACCUGCGAGAAAUAUCAAGCUCCCAGUGGGAACAAUUACAAGAAGAAGAUGGAGAAUCUGGACAGCUGAAAGGACUUUCAGCCCAUGCUCAUGUAGAACUUCCGUAUUAUUCCAAAUUCCUUCUAAUAGCGGCGUACCUUGCUUCUUACAACCCUGCCAGAACAGAUAAAAGAUUUUUCAUGAAGCAUCGUGGAAACACUAGAAAGAAAAAAAUUCAGAAGAAACAUGAAAAGACCAGCAGUCACCUUCUUGGACCAAAGGCAUUUCCCCUGGACAGGUUAUUAGCAAUAUUACACAGCAUUAUUGACAGCAGAGUUGCUCCAACUGCAAAUAUAUUUUCCCAGAUCACAUCACUUGUGACACUACAGCUGUUAACCUUGGUAGGCCAUGACGACAUACUUAAUGGCCCAAGAUACAAAUGCAGCGUGUCUCUAGAUUUCAUCAGAAGCAUUUCAAGGACAGUGAACUUUGACAUAAUAAAGUACUUGUAUGACUUCUUGUGAAGACCCUGUGAACUGGGUGACACUGACUAAGAUUUCUCAGUAUGCUGCUUUAUGGACUUCAAAGCAGGACAAAAAUAUCCCCAAAAUUUCUUAAGUAGUCCUUAUUUGAAAUAUGCUCAAAAGCUUUACCAGCCAAAGAGAAGGCUUUUCUUGAAAAGUCCCCAGAACCAAGCUCACGUGACUCUGGAAAAUCCACAGAGAGGUGCAAAAGUCUCCUUGCCUGGGCCAGAACUCUCACAAACCAUCUAAAGCUAUCAAGACCCAAUAUAGCAUUUAAAGUUCCUGUUCCUUUGGAUACAUCAUCAUCACCUUCAUUCACACACAGCCAAAGAGAUGCCUCAUAUACCAUCUGGUCACCAGACUGAGAUGGAAAUUCUCCUGUUUAGGUGGAAAGUGUUCUGUAUAUCUCCAGUGAGGUUUCGAUAUUGUUGUGCAUUUAUUUGUUUUCAAGCCUGUCUCUGGAGAGGGACAAUAUACCUUUUCAAAAUAAAUAUAGGCAUGAUAGAGCAUUGUGAGCAAUAGUGACUGCAUAUUCUGUCAUACAGGAGGGUUGAUUCCAUGUCUUCCGCACCUUCCUGCCCAGCUCUGUAGCAUACAUGCUCAGCCAGCAAUCAGCAGAUAUUUUUGAGAGUCAACCUGGUGUAGUGGGUAACAGCAGCAGGUUCUGAUCUGGAGUACCGGGUUUGUUUUUGCCCCCUUACAAAUGAACCCUGCUGAGUGACAUUGGGCCAGUCAUAAUUUUCUCAGAACUCCCUCAGCACCACCUACCACGCAGGGUGUCGGUUGUGAGGAGGGGAAGGUGACUGUAAGCUGCUUGAAGACUUCUUUCAGUAAAGAAAAGCAGGGUAUAAAAACCAGCUCCUUUUCGAACAGAAGGUAAAUUCAUGACCUUGGAGACUUCUAAACCGGUUGCUGAGGCAGAUCUCACAAGAGGGAGGCCUGCCUCCUGUGAUCCAAGCACUUUAGUCCAACCAGCAACUUUUUGAUUGAUAACCGUUAAGUGCCCCAUUGUGCAUGAAUUUUCCAAUCUGAGCUGGCAAGUGAAGGUGCAAGAAAUGAGAAUACUUCAUUUCUUGGGAGAAAUUAAAAGGAGAUGAGUAGUCUGUUAAUGUUAAUGAUAAAUAACUUGAAACAUCCACAUUCAGGGUUCUAAUUUCAGUCCUGAAUAGAAUUUUUUAAUUUUUUUCAGUCAGCUAAAGAACACUAUUUUAAUGCCAACUAUUUCUCUUUUAAGUGCUGUUCCACAGUUUCCUUCCAGAAAUCUUUGAAUAUUCAAUAUAUUUGUGUAGCUAUACAGAAAAAAAAACUUUGACGGCCUCCUUUGCCGAAGAGAUCUUUUCUCCACUGUAGCUUUAUUGCCAAGUUGUUAACUCUGGAAGAACGAGCUGUGUGCAGGCUAUUUUCUGUACUGAAUUUUUUCAUAUUCAGAACAAGUCUCCAUGGCAAGAGCCCAUAGAAGAACUAUUCCCAAAAGGCCUUGUAACAGUAGAAAAAAACUCACACAGGUUUCUAAGAGAAAAAUGUCAGCACUAGGCAGUGGACUUUUAGAAGAUGUAGACGUUUUCAGUAAUAUUUCUUUCUACAUUAAACAAAACACUUUUAUUUCGUUUUCUACCAAUGAUGGCUCUUCAAAUCUCCAGUUAUGUGCUAUAUUUAUUAUGCACCUGCCCACAUGUAUUAGAAGUAAUAUGAAUUCUGUUCACUGAAACUGCAGAUGUUCAGGGACGUAGCAUAAAAAAUUAUUGUACUUUUAACAGUGAUCUGCAUUGAUUACACUUCAUGCAUGUUAACACCGUAGAAUAGAUGGCAGGGUUCUUACAGGAUAACAGAGUUUCAGCUAGCAUUUUUCUUAACAUGUUUUUAAAAAGAAAUACCCUACUUCAGCAGCAGAAAACAUGUUUCAGCUUGUAGACAUUCCCUGAUUCAGUCUCUGCUAUCUCCUCAUAAAAGAGCCUGGGGAAGACCUGCCGCGGACCGUGGAGAACUGGAGCAGUCAGGUUGGGUUAGAUGGACAAAACAAUUUUACGUUUAGAACAAAAAAUGGGAUAUGGAUGCCCUAGCAAAGAAACUGGCAUGUAGCAUGUAAGUCCAGAAUUAAUUUGGGGAGAGGGGAGGUAGUUUAUGCAAAAAUGCUCAAAACCUUCACUUAGCCUACUGUACUAAAACCUUAUAAAGUAGGUCAGUAGUAUUAAUGCUAGAGAUCCUCAUGAUAAAGAAGAGUUGGUUUUUAUAACUAUACUAUGUCGGCUGUUGCAGAGGGAUAGUGGCUGGCCUGAAGUCUAGCAGUGAAUUCGUGGCUGAGAGGAGAUUGUAAAUAGGGAAUCCCUGGCUCACAUCCAUGUUUGCAGGCACUACACUGUACUAGUCCCAGAAUAUUAUAUAGGUUGAUCUAAUGCACCUACCUUUUACUGUCAGAGUUCAUGGGUGUGUUUUUAAUAUCUCAGUCAAUUGAUUUCAUUUCAAAAUAAAUUUUCCCAUUUUUUAAAGAAUGUUAGUUUUAAGUGCAUCAGAAAACUGGUGACAGGACUUGAUACUGAUGAUCUGAGUUAUUUGAAACUAGGCCAACAUAUGUUUAGGCAUCAUAUUAUUAUUUGGAAGAGACUAGAAAGAUUAUCUGAUCCAGCCCCCUGGCCUGCUCUAGGAUUAACGAAUUCUAUGGCUUUAUGUACUCUAUUGACUGAAGAGCUUAAAAUUCUACAUGAUAGAAAUAUGCAAAUGAAGAAAAAUUGUCUGCAUGUUUUAUGUGGCAUAUUCUGCUUCUGCUAUUUGUAUUUUCAAGGGAUUUGGGAAAGUUUAUAGAACUGGAUGGCAAAGAGAGGGUGACGGUAUAGAGACUGAGGUUGAGUUAACAAUAGGUUAUAUAUGAAGCAGCCCUGGGGAGCUGCAAUUUGGCCUGUUAGGAAAACUAUGCUAGUACUCCUGGCAUCACCAAAUCUUUGUUGCUAUUGGGAAAAUAAUGCACUUUGGGGUGUUCGCAGGUCAAAUUAAUGGCAUGUGGGGAAAAGCUUAAUAACCUCCCCAACCCACCACAGUCCCAAUUAAAAUUCCCCUUCCUCAUGUGUGAUAAUAAACUGCUGGGAAAUCCAGUUACAACAGAAUUCCAGCCUCUUGGUUUGACCCUCAGAAUGCCAAGGUAGACCGGAAUGCUUAAAUUGAUGUAUGAAUCCCCACAGUGCUUCUCUUUUCAUUGGUAGCCAUUGCACGGAUUUAUCCAAGUAAUUUUCUGCCAUUGCAAAAGCUUCUGUAGGUGUCCCACAGAAAUUUGACUUCAUCCUUAUUUUUGCUUGGAAGUAAGCCCCACUGACUUCAAUUGUACUUGUUCUCAAGCAAAGUUAGCUUUUUCUUUGUUUUUCUGGAACUCCAAUGUUAUCCAUGGUGGGUGUGUUAACCUGGAACAUGCAUUCAAAUUUUUUAGGCUGAAAUAAUUAGAUUCAAACUACAGCCUUAUAUAACUUACUGCUAAGUAGCUAGGAGCCAUUAUGUUACUCAGGAUUUACUGAUUAUCUCCAGUAAAACAAAAGAAUCCCUGGGCCUUUAUCCCAACAGGCUGGAGACAAGAGAUAGGAUGUGCUGAGGUUGCAGAGAGACAGCAGGUGAAAUAAUUGAGCGCAGAGCAAAACACACUUCCCGUCAGAAUUGGGAUGAAAUAUUAAAGCCAGAUGCUCCUAGGGCACAAGGGGGUACCACAAAGCUUGUAACAUGGAGAAACAUAAUAUUUUGGAUGAUGUUUCUGAAAUAAAUGUGCAUAUUCUGUUAGAAAUAAGGAUUGGUUUCCAACAAUUUGGAAUAGGAAAAAGACAGGAGCAUAAAAACAGAAUAUAAAGGGUAUGAACAUGACAUGUAUAAGCAGCAAGUGUUCUCUUUCCACAGAAAGUUUCCAUUACUCAACCUUCUGAUCAAUGAAGUAUCGUUUGAAAACACACCACCAACAAAACAAGGCAAAGAUAAAUAAUGUUAAUAGAAAUUGCACAUGGAUCUUGAAAUUCUUUUAUCUUUCAGAGCAACUAUGCCAAUGGCAACCUAAGGGCCUAUGACCCCAUCUGUGAUAGAUCUUAUUAGCCAGUGACCUCAAGAGAGUCCUGGAAGAAUUUGCCAAGAUAUAAACAUUUUAUGAAAUGUAAUUUAGCCACGGGACCCUGCAUGGUGGAGUGGUGAAGGUGUUGGGAUAAGACCUGGGAAAACCAGGUUUGAAUCCUAACUUGUGUCAUGGAAACUUAUUGGGUAACUUUGGGCCAGUCACUCACUCUCAAUCCUGACUGGCUAGAUUUGGAUGGAAGACCUUCAAGGAAUACCAGAGUGAUGUGGAAGCAGGCAAUGGCAAACCAUCUCCAAAUGUCUCUUGCCUUGAAAACCUAUAGGGUCACUACAAGUCAAUCCUAUAGGGUCAUCACAAGUCAACUGUGACUUAAUGGCAUAAUAUAUAUGUAUGUCCACAUGGCUGAGGCACCUUUUAUGCUAACAUGUAGGAAGUUACAGAAGGCAAUGCUUUGAGCUGUUCUUUUGUGGAUAGUUGCUACAUUUUUAUAGGCUAAUGAUCUUGCUGAUACUAGGCUUGUGCUUUUGUAGCUGGGGAGGCUGGUUUGCUUGGGCUGAGUUUUUAUGUUAUCGUUAUUUUAUGCUAUGCUGUUAUUUUUGCGUUGUUUUGUAAACUGCUACAUGUGUAGAACAAGUGGGAUAUAGAUCUUUUGAAUAAAAAUAAAAAUAAAUCAUGUUUCAACUGA